AUGAAGCCCCAAACCGCUGCUCUCAUCCUCAGCUUCUGCGGCGCUGCCCUCGCCGCCCCCGUCCAUAACGCCGAGGGACCCCAGGGCUCUCCUGCUGGCUCAGGAACUGUCCCAUCUGGCACCCCCUCUGGGCUUCCUGUCGGCUUCCCAUCUGAGGAGUCUGGGUUCCCUGGUGCCCCAUCCGGACUUCCUGGUUUCGGCUUCCCACCGAGCCCCUCUGGCAACCCCUCUGCCGGUUUCCCCUCUGGCCCUAAGCCCACCGGCGCUCCCCCGGGCUUUGGUGGUGAAGGCCACCACCGUCACCACGGAGAGGGUGGCUUCGGCGGCAAGCACGGUGACCAUGGACACGGCUGGGAGCCUCCUUUCGGCGCUGCUCCAUCUGGCACUGUCCCCUCCGGCGUUCCCUCUGGCGUUCCCUCUGGAUUCCCCUCUGGCUUCCCCGGUGGCCCCUUCGGUGGCUUCGGCAGCCACCACGGACACGGCUGGGAGCCUCCUUUCGGCGCUGCUCCCUCUGGAGCUUUCCCCUCUGGUCCCGCUCCUUCUGGCCCCGCUCCCUCCGGCGGUUUCCCCGCUGGCCCUGCCCCUACUGGAGCUCCCUCGGGCUUCUCUGACGCUCAGCAGAAGCGUGGAUUCGGUGACUGGCUCGAAGGCAUCUUCGGAUUCGGACACAAGCACGGCGGAGACUCUGGCAGUGGCUCAAAGGGCUCUGGUGCAGCUCCUUCCUCGGUGCCUUCUACCCUCCCUGGUUUUGGACAGGGUGGCUCUGGCUUCGGUUCUGGCUCUGGCUCUAGCUCUGGCUCUCCUUUCGGCUCUGCCCCAUCGGGUGCUGCUCCCUCUGGCUUCGGUGGCUUCGGACAGGGUGGCUCUGGCUUCGGCUCUGGCUCUAGCUCUGGCUCUCCUUUCGGCGCUGGCCCAUCUGGUGCUGCCCCCUCAGGUGCUGCCCCUUCGGGGUCUUUCCCCGGAUUCGGCGGUAGCCAGGGUGGCCAAGGCCCUACCCCCACUCCUUCUGGCUUCCCCUCUGCUGGCAGCAUCAGCAACCUGUGA